UAUGUAGGAUACCAUUGCAGUAGCUGGAUUUACUGUCUUGUCAGCAUCUUCAUCUACAAGCAGAGAUGGUAAACAUUGCUUAUUUUUGAAAGCAUUUGAGGACUUCAGAUCAACUGUUUAUGUUUAUGUUAAAUCUGUAAGGGAUUUUUCUGCAGAAUCAAUGUCUUUGGUUCCAGCAACACAUUAUAUAUAUACACCCCUGAAUCAACUUAAGGGUGGUACAAUUGUCAAUGUCUAUGGUGUUGUGAAGUUCUUUAAGCCUCCAUAUCUAAGCAAAGGAACUGAUUAUUGCUCAGUUGUAACAAUUGUGGACCAGACAAAUGUAAAGUUAACCUGCCUGCUCUUCAGUGGAAAUUAUGAAGCCCUUCCAAUAAUUUAUAAAAAUGGAGAUAUUGUUCGCUUUCAUAGGCUGAAGAUCCAAGUAUAUAAAAAGGAGACUCAGGGUAUCACCAGCUCUGGCUUUUCAUCUUUGACAUUUGAGGGAACUUUGGGAGCUCCUAUCAUACCUCGUACCUCAAGCAAGUAUUUUAACUUCACUGCCGAGGACCACAAAAUGGUAGAAGCUCUUCGUGUUUGGGCAUCUACUCAUAUUUCACCUUCUUCGACAUUAGUAAAAUUGUGUGAUGUUCAACCUCUGCAGUAUUUUGACCUGACUUGUCAGCUCUUGGGCAAAGCAGAAGUGGAUGGAGCAUCAUUUCUUCUAAAGGUAUGGGAUGGCACCAGGACCCCAUUCCCAUCUUGGAGAGUAUUAAUACAAGACCUUGUACUUGAAGGAGAUUUAAGUCAUAUCCAUCGGCUGCAGAAUCUGACAGUAGACAUUUUAGUCUAUGAUAAUCAUGUUCAAGUGGCAAAAUCUCUGAAGGUUGGAAGUUUUCUUAGAAUUUAUAGCCUCCAUACCAAACUUCAGUCAGUGAAUUCAGAGAACCAAGCAACAUUGUUAGCUCUAGAGUUUCAUCUCCAUGGGGGUACCAGUUACGGCCGGGGAAUCAGAGUCUUGCCAGAAAGUAACUCUGAUGUGGAUCAACUGAAAAAGGUUUUAGAAUCUGCCGAUUUGACAGCCAAUCAGUGUUUUGAUGGUAUAUGUCAUUCAGAGCACGAGGACAGCUUUCGGACUCUUUCAAGCUCUGGAUCAGUAUCACUAUAUGAGGUAGAAAGAUGUCAGCAACUAUCAGCUACAAUACUUACAGAUCAUCAAUAUUUGGAGAAAACCCCAAUAUGUGCUAUUUUGAAACAAAACGCUCCUCAACAGUAUCGUAUUCGAGCAAAAUUAAGGUCAUAUAAGCCGAGAAUACUCUUUCAGUCUGUUAAACUUCAUUGUCCUAAAUGUCAUGCACUGCAAGAAGUUCCACAUGAGGGUGAUUUGGAUACAGUUUUACAAGAGGGUGCAAGUAAAACCCCAGAUAUCAAACUACAAAAUACAUCAUUAUAUGAUUCGAAAAUGUGGACCACUACAGAUCAAGGAGAACGAAAAGUUGCUGUUCAUUUUGUAAAAAAUAAUGGUAUUCUUCCACUUUCAAAUGACUGUCUGAUUUUGAUAGAAGGAGGUACACUUGGUGAAAUCUACAAACUCGCAAACAAGUUUCAUAGUGUAAUUCCUGUGAGAUCUGGCCAUGAAGACUUGGAAGUCCUUGAUCUUUCAGCACCAUUCCUUAUACAAGGAAAAAUACAUCACUAUGGAUGUAAACAGUGUUCUACUUUGAGACCAAUAAAAACUCUAAAUUCCCUGGUUGAUAAAACACCAUGGAUUCCUUCUUCUGUGGCAGAAGUACUGGGUAUUGUACCCCUUCAACAUGUGUUUGUAAUGACAUUUACUCUUGAUGAUGGAACAGGAGUAUUGGAAGCUUAUCUCAUGGAUUCUGACAAAUUCUUCCAGAUCCCAGCAUCAGAAAUCCUAAUCAAUGAUGGCCUUCAGCAGAGUAUGGAUAUGAUCUUGGAUAUGUUUUGUCCUUCAGGAAUAAAAAUUGAUGCAUAUCCGUGGUUGGAAUGCUUCAUCAAGUCGUAUAAUGUCACAAGUGGAACAGAGCAGCAAAUUUGCUAUCAGAUUUUUGACACCACAGUUGCAGAAGAUGUAAUCUAAUAUUGUCAUUCAGCUUAGCAUAUGUAAAAUACUGUAAUUUUAGAAAACAUUAUUUUCUGUGAGAUUGUUAUAAAACAUGUAAAAGGUUUAACUAUAUAGUUUACCUUUCAUUUUAACCACAGUGUAAAUUUUUUUCACAAAUAACAUUGUGUUAUCUUAAUGCCUUCUUGUGAAUAAGUUAAAAAUGUUCCUUUUGCUCAAAAUUUCCAGUAUGGUGGCGGCUAGGGGCAUAAAGGAGAAAGGGGAAUAAAGAAGGACUGUCUUCAUUUACCCCUUGCAGCCCUUUCGGAGAACCUGUUCUGUACCCUACACUAAAAAUCACUUUCCUUGUUGUUUUUUCCAUGUGUCAGCCACUAAUGUGUCUGCCCGCCACCAUCUGUGCUUGGCUUCUUUUCCUACCCUGGUUUUUAUAUCAGCAUUGUUAAUGAUUUUAGCAUGGGUAUGGGGUUAGAAAACGUCCUUACGUUAACUCACUCAGCUUUUACUGAGUGCAAAGUAUGUAACGGCUAGCGGUUUGGUUUUGCACAAAGGGAUCUGCUUAAACAAGUAGUCUUGUGGAGAAGUGCUCUUCUGAGUGAGCUACAGCGUACUUAACAGGAGUGGUUUACUUUAGGUGUAUGUGGCAGAGUUGCUGUCUUCCGGUGCUAUAGACCAAUUUAGGAUAAAUCCAUUUUCUAAGACCUGAAUUGUGUGCUUUUGAUUGCUUGUUUCUCUACAUGAUAUUAGAAGUUAUUGCAUUCCACCUUGAUCUGAUAAAGCAGUCAGGUUUAUUACAAUGUUACUGACUUACAUUACCCUUUUUUAAUAGUCUUACGUAAUAUAUAUUUCAGACUGAACAUGGAAUGAGAUAUUAACUCAAAGAGUAGUCCGCUUUUUAUCUGACAGUGUUUGUGAAAUUUAAAAUCAUGAAUAUUCAGUUUUAUACAAAUACCUCUAUAUAUUUGUAUAUAUGUAUAGACGUAUGUAUAUUAUUUGGUAAAGACUAAGACAUACACAUAUGCCUAGUUCAGUAUUAGUGAAGAAUAAAUUAAUGUACAUAUUUCACCUGUUUUCUUUAUUUGCCCUUUGUUGAGUUGAGGCGUGAUUGGAGGCAAAGAAUCAAAGCAGGAAUGCCAAUAUAGCAGAUACUUAAGACUGUCUAUACAACAGGAACUGUGCAAAACAUUUAACAUAUAUCUGAGUUUCGCAACAACCAUUUUCCUGAUAAAACUGAGGCUUGGUGAGCUGACUUCACGAAGUUCACACGGUUACUAAGUGCUAGUCAGUACGUGUAUUCUGGUAAUCUGUGUUCAGAGGCUGCACUGCCAACCAUGACAGGAUUCUGGGGCAACAAGCUAGCAUGGGGUUUUCUGCAAAUGAGUCCUCCCUUACGUAUUUGAAGUAACAUUGGAAACAGAUUAUGAGAGUAGUCAGUGUUAUGUUUUCUUACACUCUCAAAAGGCUUUUAACAUUUUAUUGGCAAAAAAGGUUCAAAUACUCGAUUUCCUCUGCUCAUAAUAAUUCCAAAUUCUAGUUCUGAGUACAUUAGCCCAUCCCCAGACCUAACUACCCAUCUCCCAUCACUGAAUUACCAUCUUGUCGGAGAUGGUAGAAAAAGAGGCUGAUGCUGCUGUUUUGGGUGUAAACUCUUAGUUCAAAACAUCUUCAGGGAAAAGUUUUAGGAACCCUGUGAAUGAACUGAUUGAUUUCAGUAUCGAUGGUAUGCUGGGGAUACGAAGGCCAGAGAGCCAUUUUCUCUUCAGGAGGCACCGAGUCUAGAAGAGGAGGUGUCAGAAGGUACGUCAGGUCACAGUGCUGUCUCCAAGUUGAUAAAAUAAAACUCCUCACAUGAAUCUUUACUGGGAUAGGUCAUUGCUCUUUUCUCUUUUUUUUUAAUAAACCCUCACAUUGUCCUCAUUUGUUUUUUAGCUUUUCAGCUUUGAACAAGAAGAGUUCUAUUAAUACCUAGUGUUUAUCCAGUAAUGAUGUGUGCAUCUUUAUCAGGACCUGGGAAAGCUAGGAGAAUUCUGUAUCUGGAGCAACAAGUAGACAGGCAUUCACUGUGCCCCGAUUUGAGCCAUGUCCCCUUUACCGUCCAUGUGAAUAAUGGUAGCCUUCCUGUCAGAUAUAAAAUUACAUAAAUUUAAGCAUGUAGUUUGUGUACAGCCUUUUGCUCAAAUUCCAUUCUCUGCAGCAUCCAUUAGAUACUACUGGAUUGUCUCUUUAGCCCCUGCCCUGUUCAGUAUGAGGAAGAGAAGGCAUAGCUUAGAAAAUCUGAGGCAGUCGAUUACACAAUAAUGAAAAGUGCACUGCUCACAUGCUCUUUCUGUCCCUACACUCCAUUAGACUGCUUUAUUUGAGGGAACUAUACCAGCCGAGAUGCAGUGCAUAAUUCCCCCUCCUCCCCCCUUUCUUUUUUUUUAUACCUGGCCGUGUUGCACAUUGGGCGUUGUUUCUGAAUGAAUAUAGAGAGGCUGGUGUGAAUGGAAUAGAAGAAGCUGAAUACACCUCUUGUCUACCUGAGAAAGCAGUCUCCACACAAUGGGGCACUGGCUGCGCAGUUUCUGAGUCCAUAUAGUUCCUGGGCUGUAGCUACUUGCAGGUCACAGAGAUGGGCCAUAAGCUUUAACCAUCUGUGCUCGUCUGUUUCCAAAGUCAAAGCAUGAGUUUGUCACUAUUUGUGACUCAAUCCAGCCAAUUCUCUUCUACACUUUCUGGAAGCUUUCCUUGGUAUCUGGGGAAAUAGCUGGAUUCUUCUGAUUAUUUUCAGUGUUUUGAAUUUUGACCAUGUAUUUCACCAAGUUUUGUUUUUAUCCAGAAUUCUUUUAAAUAAAAGUAAUACGUAUUUGUAAGAAUUGAAACAGCAUGAAGUAUAUGAAGUUGAACUAAUUCUUACUCUAACUAGUACCCCAGAGGAAACCACUUUUAACAGUUUGGUGUAUAAUUUUCCAGACUGUUUUCCCUAAGAAUGGGUAAAUAUGUGUAUGUAUACUUUUUAAAAAUAACAUCAUGCUAUAAAUAUAUUUCUGCAACUUUUGUCACUUUAUAAAGUAGACCUUGUUCUUUAUGACAAUACAUAUAGAAGGAGAAACUUGUUUGUAAUUACUCAGCGUAAGUAACUUUUUAGGGUAUUCUCUGAUUAUUUCACUUUCUAUUUUUAUCUUGAUUUUUGGUCUAUUUAAGUGUUCUAUUUCUUACUGUAAACAGUUUUGGAAUUUUUUAUAGGAAUGUAUGCAUGUUACCUAUUUUGUUGACUUUGUCGCCUUAUAGUUAUUCAUAAUAAUAUUUUAUUAUUAUUGCUUUA